AUGCCAAUUAACAAUAGUCAGGCCAAUUCUCAUCCAUUUUUUAGAGCAUCGACAUCGACGGCUAACUCGACUACUGGAUCGGCAACAACAACUGUUAAUGCGACUGCUACAUCAGCAUCAACAACUGUUGGCGCGGCUACUACAUCAGCAUCAACAACUGUUAGUACGGCGACUACAUCAGCAUCAACAACCGUUAGUACGACUAGUACAGGUGAGUGA